AUGAGCGUCCUCGUCCUUGCACCAGCGCGGUGGGCAAGGUUGAGGGAGGUGCAGGGCAGGCGAGAUGAUGGUAUUGCAAACAGCAAUCACCCAUGGGACCAUCGAUGGUCACGCCCGCCACCGUCUAGUCUGUCGUCGUCGUCGUUGCUCAUUGCUCGACGCGUUGGUGACUCGAGGGAGUUUGUCUCCCAUCAUCCCCGGGACUUGGCGGAUGUCAUAUGUUCUGGCUGGUACUCCCACGCCGCUCUCCUCGCUUCCGCGCUCGAUCACCGAUUCCUUUUCACCAUCAUCCGAGAUUCCGAAGCCUACGCGUCUGGGUGCUGGCGUACUGCGGAGGCGGAGCAACAAACGGGGACACCGGUGCUCACUACCUUGACCUCGCAACUCUGGGAGAACUCGUACGUACUCGACAACUAUCCUUACUCUCUCCGUGCGUUCAUCGGCAAGACCGACACCCUUCCGUACGACCAUCACCUCUUAACGGCGCUCGUGGCACCCAGGCCGUUGGUCGUUCUCGAAACGAGCAAAAGCUUCUGGCUCGGCCAGUCGUCUGCACUAAUGAAACCGACGGGACUUGUUCCGUCUGGCUUACGGAGAACCAACAUGCGACCGUUUUAUGAGAAGUAUUUCUAUGGCAGGGAUGUGAAGACUGGGCGGUUUGAGACAGAGUUGGAGGUCAUCACGUUGGAUGAGGAGGAUUGGAUUCAGUGGGAGACUCCGGUUCUUGUGGAUUGA